CAACAAAUAAAAAACAAAUGGCAAACAUUUACCUUAAUCAGUUCAAAACAAUCUUUAAAUAAACAACCGAAUAAUUGUAUAUUCAACAAUAGUCAUAUACAACAACAACAGCAAUCAAGGUCGGCAGACCAAAGAAUUGGUUCAAAUUCAUCAUCAUCAUCAUAUUUAACGUUGAAUUCGAAAAAAUCUUCACUUACUACAAUUCCACCAUUAUUAUCAACAAUGUUCAUCUUUAGUUUACAGUCAUAUUUAGUCAAACAAUUUUACUAUCUAUUCUUUCUAGUCUUAUUUUUUUCAUUAUUUACAACAACGUCAGCAACAGCAACAAACGAGAAAAUAAUCUCUUGUCCUGAUUUGAACACCGAAACUGAACAAUCAUAUAUCAAACAAAUAGAUCUCAUAAAUGAAUUAAAAAUUCAACAACAUUCAAAUCAACGUUCCUAUUAUGGCCUGUUAUUAGAUCAACAAAGAAAUAUUCUACAUUUGUCAUCAACAGAAGAUGACAAUAUCGAUUCAAUCAAUCGUCAGAUUCGUCUUAAUGAUAAUAUUAGCCGAAGGGCAAUCGAAAUCAUAUCAAACAGUAAUGAUGUGACAUUUUUGAUUACACUCAAACAACAUCGUCAUAAUGCUGGUGUUAUAUUUGCAUUUACAAAUGGAAUUCAUAGAAUUCUUGAAAUACAAAGCAGUAGCCGACGUAAAGAACUACGUUUCCAUUAUCGUAUCAACGAUACAAUCUAUUCAGAAUCAUUUGAUGUUGAUAUUGUUGAUGAUAAAUGGCAUAAAAUUGCUCUAACAAUUAGCUAUUCACAAUUAGAUCUGCAUAUUGACUGUAUUCAUCGAUUUCGUCGUACGAUACAACCAUUGGAUAGAUAUUUAUUUGCUCAUAAUAAAGAUAAUAAUAUUACAUUAUGGUUAGGACAACGUGGUCCGAAUCAUUUUGUCUACAAGGGCUAUAUUGGCGAUUUAAGAAUUAUUUCAUCAGCGAAUGGAUUUCGAAUACAAUGUCCAUCCGAUCUUGGUGCAGCUUGUCCUACCUGUGGCCAAUUCAAAGAACUAAAAGAUUCAAUCAAUUAUCUGGAGAAUACUGUCAAAUAUUUGACUGAAAAGCUGCUGAUGAUGGAGCAACGAUUAUCUAAUCGUGAACAACAAUGUGAAUGUUUACGAUCCUGUUAUAUGAAUGGUACAAAAUAUAUGGAUGGAAAUGAAUGGAUUUCCAAUGAUAAUUGUCAUCGUUGUCGAUGUUCGGCCGGUUCGAUUGCUUGUUAUCCAAUGACAGCUUGUCAACAUCAACAUCAUGAAUCACAUUCACUUCAAAAAGUUGAUUCCAAUAUUCCAUCAUCAUUAUUAUUGUUGCCAAAUAAAAGUGAGAAAAACUCUUCAUCAUCAUCACCAUCAACGUCGUCGUCUUCAUCAAGAUGUCUUUAUAACAAGAAAAUUUAUUACGAAGGUGAAUCUAUUGAACGUUGGACGAAUAAAAAUCAACCAAAUCGUGCUAAAUGUUUUGAAUGUGUUUGUCGAUCACGUUCGAUGCGUUGUAAAGAGAAACAUUGUCCGGUAUUAAAUUGUCCACCAUCCAAACGAAUACAACCGGAUGAUAAAUGCUGUAUGAUUUGUGAAACGGAUUUCUGUUCACUUGGUCAUGAUUGUCAUCCAAUGGCUGAAUGCCAUAAUUUAGCUACGAAUUAUACUUGUCAUUGUAAACCCGGAUUCAAAGGAAAUGGACACACCUGUCAGGAUAUUGAUGAAUGUAAUAUUCUUAAUGAUGAUGUUGUCGAUGAUAGAAUUACUCAUCAUAAAAUGAUUGAAAAACAAUUGAAUAAUAAUGUAUAUCGACAUAAAUGUAAUACUGCCAGUUCGAUCUGUGUCAACAAACCUGGUUCAUAUGAAUGUCAAUGUAAAUCCGGUUUCAUACCACAACCAGACAAUCAAUAUGAAUGUAUCGACAUUGACGAAUGUUUGAAUGGUCAAAAUAAUUGCAGUCAACAUGCUAUUUGUUUAAAUCAGCCUGGCUCUUAUCAAUGCCAAUGUAAACCAGGCUACGAAGGUGAUGGAAUCAAUUGUAAACCUGUAUGUAAAGAUUUGUGCCUGAAUGGUGGUCAUUGUCAAGCACCAGACACGUGUUCAUGCCGAAAAGGUUAUUACGGUCAUCGUUGUGAAGAGGAUAUUGAUGAAUGUGAACUAGAUAUACAUCAAUGUCCAAAAAAUUCCAAAUGUAUCAACAAAUUAGGCUGGUAUCGAUGUGAAUGUAAUCAAGGUUAUGAAGAUCGAAAAGAAUUAUCAUUAAAUGAUGAUGAAUUUAGUACAUUUGAUUUUGAAUGUCGAGAUAUAAAUGAAUGUAUCGAUCCAUUGUUGAAUACAUGUCCAAGUAAUUCUAAAUGUAUCAACAUUGAAGGAACUUAUCGUUGUGAUUGUAAUAUUGAUGGCAAUAAUCAUACCUUCCAUUUUAAUGCAAACAUAUCAUUGACCGAUUCAAUUUGUCCGAAAACUUGUAUCGUCAAUGGAAUGGAACGUAAACAUAAUGAACGUUGGCCAGUCAGUUCAAAAGAUCCAUGUACCAUAUGUCAAUGUGUCCAAGGAGUUGUCAGUUGUCAACUUAAACAAUGUGAUUGUUCACAAAAGAAUUCGAUCGAUUCUCAAUGCUGUCCAGAAUGUCAUAUAAAUAGCGAUGAAAAAGUUUGUUACCAUCAAGAAAAUCAUCAUCGUGUGUAUAAAAAUGGUGAACGUUGGACAUAUGAAUGUGAAACCUGUGAAUGCAUGAAUGGUGAAAUUGAUUGUUGGAGUGAGUGUCCGCAAAUCAAUUGCCUAAAUGCUGUACGAAUUCCUGGUGAUUGUUGUUUACGUUGUGAAGAUGAUCCAUGUCAAUCCUCAUCAAAAUCUGAUUUAUUAACUUUCAAUAAUUUUACCGGAUUAGCUGGUUGUCGUCAUCAAGAUCGUCAUUAUCGAUCUGGUGAACAAAUAGAUUCAAUCAAGGAUAAAUGUGCCACAUGUUCAUGCCAGAAUGGACGUCUUUGUUGUUCAUAUAGUUAUCCAUGUUUGAAUGAAUUAACUAAUCAUGAUUAUUCAAGAUCAUCUUCCAUUAUGACCGAUAAGACUGCUGCUAUAAGCCGAUCAACUGGUGAUAUUGCUUCAAAUGAUGUCGAUGAUGAUGAUGAUGAUGACGGUCGAAAACAACAUGGAAAUGGAGAAUAUAUGCAAUCAUCAAUCGAUGAUGAUUCUCACAACAGUGAAUUACUGAAACCAUUCAUGAAUUCUUUAAUCGGUCAUGAACAAGAAUCAAUGGAAAAAUUUUCAAAAAUUUUGUCUGAUAAAAAUGCGAAGGAAUUCGAUGAUCGUGACAAUAGUAUUGACAACCAUGAUAUUGAUAAUGAUGAUUUUUCGUUAUCGUCAUCAAAUACUAACAUCAUACAUAUGAAUCAACCAUUAACAAUCAAACAAAAAUCAACAAAUUCAAUCGAUAAAAUUUAUGACAAAAAUAAUGAUGCAAUCGACAAUGAUUGGUCACAUGAAAUGGCUUCCAAUUAAUCAAUUUAAACUAAUUGAUUUAACAUUUUUUGAUUCUAGUCUUGAAACAAAACAAAAUUUUUCAAUCUUCAACAAAUAAAAACUCAAUGAAAAAAAAAGUAUU